AACUCGAUGGCAUCAUGUUUUUUCAGCUUGAAUACACAGCGCCCAAAAACACCUGUGGUCUCAUCUUUGCUCCCACAACCCCACAUGCCCUUGUUUUCCUUUUUCUUUCUCUAAAUUUUCAUACCAAAUAACAAAUUAAUUAACCAUUUAAUUUUGAAGACAAACUCCCUAGCUACUUUAUAUAUAUAGCUCACUCAGCCUCAUUCCUUUCUCACCACACCCUUCUUUUCAACUCCUCUGUAUCUCUGUUUCUUUCAAAGAAGAGGAAUAUAUAUUUAAGUUGAGAUCAUAUAUAUAUUGAAUGGGAAUUAGAAAAUCAAACAAAGUGUCACAAAAGGCAAUGAUCAAGCAGAUCAUGAAGCGGUGCUCGAGCAUAGGGAAAAAGCACGGGUACGAGAACGAUGAAGGGCUGCCAAUGGACGUGCCAAAGGGGCAUUUUGUGGUGUACGUGGGCGAGAACCGGAGCAGAUACAUCGUUCCUAUCUCCAUUCUCGAGAGGCCGGAAUUCCUCAGCCUGCUUCACCAAGCUGAAGAAGAGUUUGGAUUUGAUCAUGACAUGGGCCUCACCAUUCCUUGUGAUGAACAAGUAUUCCAGUCUCUAACAUCAUUCCUUAGAUAGAUACAGCAAACUGCUGCAGGAAUUUAUUUAUUACUACUAGACUGCUACUUGUAUUUUUUUUUUUUUUUUCUCAGUUGAGAUUUCUUGACCGGCUGACUAGAAUUACCCAUGAUGAUGAAGUCGAUCUAAAUGGGUUAGGAUAUAUGCAUGUAAAUGUAGGAAUUUGGUAAAUGUUUGGUUUUUCCUCGCAGUGGUUGUUUUUGGCUGUAAUAUUUUGAUUACAGCCUUGAUUUGUACCCUGUGGGAGCAAUAGUAAUGUAUUGGAAGUUAAUUAAUGAAUGUAUCUUUGGGGAUUGAUGAUGCAUGCCCCUCUUUUUCUAA